GGUUACUUGAACGGAGGCGAUGAGUUGGCCAGACCUGGACCUGCCAUCGACUGGCCAUCGCAACCUCCUCGGCGAUGGAUACGAUGCUAGCCGCCAGCGCAUUGCGCUGCCAUUGCCUCCAUCGUCGCGCAUCGGCCUCUAUCCCAUCACGGCCGGCGACGAAGGCUUGACGCUAGGCCCUGGCACGCUUCUGCACGACGACAGCGCAAGCAGCGACCCAUUUCGCUGCAUGGCCUGGAACAACGGCAAGGAUACGUACGUGGCCAUGGCGACGCAGCGCCAUGUCGAGAUUCACGACGCCCAGGGAGCUCCGACGCGCUGCCUCCAUUGGGUGGCACCGGCCCGUGUCCUCCACAUCACAUGGCAUCCAUCGCGUUCGCUGUUGGCGGUGCACAUGCUUGGCCGCGUCCAGUUCCUCACGCCCUUGAUGGCCCUCGAUGGCGAUUUGGUUACCUUGCCCUGGGCGACCGCGGCCAAGCAAUCGUCGUGCUGGAACGAUGCGGGCACUGCCCUCGUCAUAGCUGCCGGCACAAGCGCCCGUGUCUUCUCCUGGCCGAGCAGUGCGACAAUCGGUCCGUACGCGCCGCCGCAGGAAGACGUCCUGUGCGACGUCGACGGUGCCACGUGCGGCGCCAUCACGGCCAUUGGCUGCCUCGGCGAUGACACCUUUUUGCUGGCGACCGAGGUCAAGACCCACUUGCGACCGACGAUGGCGACGCCUGCUGCAGGCUUCACCAUCCGCGCCCGACCCAGUGAUGACCCAUUGACGACAGUGGUCGACGCAAGCAGCGGUAUCGUGGACCUCAUGCACAUUACAAAGUCAUCUGCGCCCUCGUCGCUGCUCGUGCUGCCGGAGCUCCAUGAGCCUGCUGAAGAGGCCGGCCCGCACAGCGCGACGCCGGCGCUGGUCGCCCAGGCCCACUGUGUCAUUUGGAAAAGCGCUUCCUCGUCCAUCGUGUCUUCCGUGCCCCUCACGGCGUUCGCGAUUCCCACGUUCCUGCACUGUCAUCGAGGUCAUGCUGCGCUCGGAUCGCAUGCGUCGGGGGCCAUCGUGCUUCUUCGCGUCGUGGACGAUGCAAUCGAGCUGGUCGAGACGAUGCUGCCGACUGAAGACGAAGACGGCCGCGUCCUGCGUGGGCUGCGCCUCGGCGACGAGGCCAUUGACGUCUUGGAUACUCUCAAGCCCACGCGCCUCUUCUUUACGCCGACGCUCAAGACAUGUUCGAUUCGAUCGCGUCGCUUGCCGCUGACCAGUUCGCUGCGUGUCCCACCUCCCGCGGCCGUCGCGGACGGACCUGGUCUCGCGCUGCUCCUCGACCGACUACAGUCGCAUCUCGACGCUCGCUUCGAUCGCAUCGAGGCCAGCAUGGUGGCGCUUGGCAGUCGGCUCGCGCAGAUCGAAGCUCGUCUCGCCGCGCCGUAAUCAGGUGUUGAUCAAUGCAGUGGCUCGUCGAUACGCGUCUUGACAUGGCGCCCGUCGCCGCAUGACAGCGCUGCCUUGGCUACGCCCACACAUACGUCUCGUCGCCUUGGCUCGUCGGCCCAUGUCGGUCGGAGGGAGGAAGUGGCAAUGGCGCUGCGCCCGCUCGCGACCGCUUCUCAAAAUCUCGAAGGAUGGAUCCCACUGCGUCCAAAAAUUGGAUUCGAUUUCGAAGGGCGGUCGUAUUUUUUAUUUUAUGACGCGAGCCUAUACAAAC